CUAGUUAUCACGAAUAUUGCAUAAAGUUCCACAACUCCGAUAGAAUUUCCAAUUUAAGCCUAAUUUAAAGCCGGUUUGGACUUAGAAUAGGUAUACCUGCUUGUGGGAACAGCAUGUUAACUAAGUCAGUGCUAAUUGCCGCCUUGGGUCAGCGCGCACCCAAUUGGCUGAUGAAACGCACCUUCAGCAACACGCAAAUCUUCAGGCAAGCGAUUAAAAAUCAUCAGCCCAAUGAUUUGGAGAAGCGAUUCCUGGUUUGGAGUGGUAAAUACAAGACAGCAGCUGAUGUGCCAAGCUUUGUAAGCCAGGAGGUAAUGGAGCGCUGCCGCAACAAGAUGCGCAUUAUGUUGGCCAAUGUAAUGAUUGGUCUAACCGUUAUCGGAUGUGGUAUUAUGAUUUACAGUGGAAAGCAGGCAGCGAAGCGAGGUGAAUCUGUGACCAAACAGAAUCUGGAAUGGCACAAGCAGUUCAAUGAGACAGCCUCCACUGGCACCGGAGCAUCUGAAACCAAAUAAUCAUCACAAACUACCAGAACAGCAAAGUAGAUCGUGUAAUUAAUGCAAUUGUAAACUGUAAACAUUGGAAUUGGCGUUGAAAUAUUGUCCGAUAUUUCCAAUGUCAUUAGUUGCAGUAACAAUUGCAGUAGCCUUAAAUUUUAAUUGAAACAGUGAUAUUUCUUAAACUCAUGCUAGAAGUUUUUAUCCUUGUUGUUUGAUCAAAUUGCCAACUGUUAAUUGUAGCACACACAGCACUGAAAUAAAUAUUUACUCAAAUCAGAUCAUGUAAUUAAUUAAUGUAGUUGUAAACUGUAAGCAUUGCAAUAUUGAAUUAUUUUCAUAUUUUUUAAUAUCAAUAUCAAUUUUUGACCUCAUGCUAAUGGUUGUUAUCCGCAUUGUUUGAUCAAAUCGCCAACUGUUAAUUGUAGCGCACACUGGACUCAAAUAAAUAUUUAUUCAAAUGUUAUUACAUUAAGCCUUCAGAUCUAAACCUUCUGAUCUAAAUGCUGUAUGUGGUCACGGCGGCAAUAAAUUGAAAUUCACAUAUCACUCUUUAAAAAUAUUAAAACGAACUCAAAUUUAAAUUGUAUGCACAGUUAUCCCUACAACAUAGC